AUGGUCAACAUCGCUAUACCAGAGCUUUAUAAUAAAGCUUAUAGUGGGACUAAAGUAUUGAUUGAGGAGUAUGCGGCGCAGCAAGUUGACGCCGUACGAUAUGUGAUGAACCUCGAGGCAAAGCCACGUCACUGGACCGGGUUUGAUGCUCAGGCUAAGCGUGAUUUUAUACGGGGUGCGAGGCAGGGCCUGGGUAGAUCUACGCUGCUGUUUGAAGGCGGUUCUAUCUUUGGCCUUUGCCAUAUCGGUGUUGCGCGAGCACUAUACCGUCAAGGGUUACUUCCCCGAGUGAUAACUGGAACAGCCACAGGGGCUUUUGUGGCGGCACUACUUUGUAUAAGAAGAGACGACGAGCUCGAAUCUUUUCUGAACGGGGAUGACUUCAACCUUGAAGCUUUCGAGCGAAGGAGACCGCCGAGGAGACUCAGCUUGUCUCAGAUGUUUGCUCGUGAAAAUGGUUAUGGUUGGUUUCAAAGCCUUUUCCGCCGGAUGGUACGCCAUCUGAACGAGCAAUACUUCCAGGAUAUGAUGGUGUUACAGGAAUGUGCUCGAGCCGAACUGGGCACCCUUACCUUUGAAGAAGCGUACGCCAGAACACUCCGAGUUCUUAAUAUAACUCUUGCGAUGCCGAAGAGGGGAGGAGCUCCGAAUCUCCUGAACUACAUCACGGCUCCCCAUGUUAUCAUUUGGACUGCUUGUAUUGCUUCAAACAAGUCAUUUACAGCCAAGGGACCCGUGAGAAUGAUGUGCAAAGAUGAAACUGGACAAAUUGUGCUCUGGGAGCCAUUGCUAGAGGAUCUCGAUCUCCAUUCAUGGCAUUUGUCCAGGUGCCGGCGCAAGGCAUCGCCCUUGCGCAUCCUUCCACAGGUUCUCAAUGUCAACCACUUCAUAAUUUCACAAGCUCGACCCUUCCUUACCCCCAUCUUCCGCAGCCAGAUCCAUCGCCCUGGGCACGACGUCCCGACUGGAGAAUGGGAGAUUUUCCAGUUCUUCAAAACGCUUGCAAAAGUGGACAUGCGACACCACCUUCGAGAAUAUGAUUCUUUGCGUGGUUUGCCGAAUAUCCUACGUCGAAUCCUGAUCAAGGAAGAUAUUCCUGGUUCGUGCGUUGCACUGCUUUCGGACGUUUCGUUUUGGGAUUUGAUAAAGGUUUUCAGAAAGCCGACGAAAGAAAGCAUACGAUCAUGGAUCCUAAGGGGAGAAAGGGGAGUCUGGCCAUCAAUAGCUUCAUUGAAAGUUCGUUGUCUCCUAGAAAUGGAAUUGGAGCAUUCGUACGCGCAAUUGACGAAAACAUGGGACACCAACUUGCUCACUUGGUAA